AUAAAACUAUUUUUUAAAAUUUCCAUGCAACGUACAAUUGUGACAUCUUAAGAGGAGAUGACUAAUUUGUGAUACUCAAUGCUGCUGAGUGCUGAGUGCACACUGAUAUCAUAUCACCUCAUAACACUGGACCAAUGUGGAGUCGGGGCCACCCUCCCAUAAGAAAGAUUCGAAUUCAUAUCAAUCUAAAUCCCUUUAAUUUCGGAUUCUUACUUUCUCCACCAUAAUUAGCAGCAGCGAAUCUUCAACAAUUCCCGGACGAACAAAUUUAUGCAGAAUUGAAGAAAUUUUUUUGCAAAAACAAUGUUGGUGAUUUGUAAUCGAAGUAGAUUGGCGUCGUCGUUGAUCAGACGGUUGAAGCAUCAAAUUGCGAAUGCUUCAAAUCAUAGAUCCUUUGCUACAUCAGAAGGUCAUCGUCUUGCUAUUGUUAAUAAGCGUAGUCUUGACAUUCUUCAAGAUCCUUGGUUCAACAAGGGAACCGCAUUUUCCAUGACAGAGCGUGAUAGGCUUGAUCUUCGUGGACUUCUUCCACCAAAUGUGAUGACUACUGAGCAACAAAUUGAACGAUUUAUGGCUGACUUGAGGGUACUUGAACUGACAACGAAGGAUGGACCAUCUGAUACUUAUGCUUUAGCAAAAUGGAGGAUUCUCAACCGAUUGCAUGACAGAAAUGAAACAAUGUACUUCAAAGUUUUAAUUGCGAAUAUCGAAGAAUACGCUCCAAUUGUGUCUACUCCUACAGUUGGUCUUGUUUGCCAGAAAUUCAGUGGGUUAUAUAGAAGGCCACGAGGAAUGUAUUUUAGCUCCCAUGAUCGUGGAGAAAUGAUGUCAAUGGUAUACAAUUGGCCUGCAGAACAGGUUGAUAUGAUAGUGGUGACUGAUGGUAGUAGAAUUUUGGGACUUGGAGAUCUGGGAAUUCAGGGUAUUGGUGUUGCAAUUGGAAAAUUAGAUUUAUAUGUUGCUGCUGCAGGGAUCAACCCACAAAGAGUGUUACCGGUGAUGAUUGAUGUUGGAACCAAUAAUGAGAAGCUUCUUAAGGACCCUCUAUAUUUGGGAUUGCAAGAAAAGCGUCUUGAUGGAGAAGAGUAUCUAGCAGUUAUUGAUGAAUUCAUGGAGGCAGUUUUUACUCGCUGGCCGAAUGUAAUUGUGCAGUUUGAAGAUUUUCAAAACAAGUGGGCUUUGACAUUAUUGCAGAGAUAUAGGCAUAAAUACAGAACGUUCAAUGUUGAUGUACAGGGGACUGCCGGAGUUGCAAUUGCUGGGCUACUGGGAGCUGUAAGGGCUCAAGGAAGGCCAAUGAGUGACUUCCCUAAACAAAAGAUUGUUGUUGCAGGAGCUGGAAGUUCAGGUGUGGGCGUUCUUAAUGCUGCCAGGAAAACAAUGGCAAGGAUGUUGGGAAAUGAUGAGUCUGCUUUUGACAAAGCAAGGAGCCAAUUCUGGGUGGUUGAUGACAAGGGAUUGAUUACAGAGAAGCGCGCUAAUUUAGACCCCGAGGUCCGACCAUUUGCGUGGAAAGAAAAUGAAAUCAGUCGACAAGGAUUAAAUGAAGGGGCAAAGCUGGUGGAAGUGGUCCGGCAGGUAAAACCUGAUGUACUUUUGGGAUUGUCCGCAUGUGGAGGUUUGUUCUCAAAGGAGGUUUUGGAAGCUCUUAAAGAUUCAACAUCAACAAGGCCUGCAAUCUUUGCGAUGUCUAAUCCCACAAAAAAUGCUGAGUGCACCCCUGAGGAAGCAUUCUCAAUAGUAGGUGACCAUAUUGUGUACGCUAGUGGAAGUCCAUUCAAAAAUGUGGAUCUUGGAAAUGGCAAGAUUGGGCACGUUAAUCAGGGAAACAACAUGUACCUAUUUCCUGGGAUUGGUCUAGGUGCCCUUCUUUCAGGCUCGAGGAUCAUCACAGAUGGCAUGUUUCAGGCUGCUGCAGAGCGUUUAGCUGGAUAUAUGACCGAUGAGGAAGUUAUCAACGGCAUCAUCUACCCUUCAACAUCAAGAAUACGUGACAUUACCAAAGAGGUAGCAGCAGCCGUAAUUAAGGAAGCUGUAGAAAAGGACCUUGCAGAAGGCUAUCGUGACAUGGAUGUUAGAGAGCUUAAAAAACUAAAUGAGGAGGAAAUUCUUGAAUAUAUAGAGAACAGCAUGUGGGAUCCGGAGUACCCUACACUAGUGUACAAGAAACGUUGAAGGCUAAAGAACGAGGAUUUGAAUAUGGUUGUCGUAGUGAACCGAAUUGGAAACUUGAGAAGCAAUGUAUCGUCUUCUCUGUUAGUUGAUAACUUUUUUUUUCACCUGAAAGAGUCAAGUACUAAUUUUUGUUGCUUAUAUAUCUCUGCAUUAUGAAUUUUUUGUCGGUUUCUCAUGAUUAUCGGUAUUAUUUUCAAUAAAGGUCUGGCUUUGAAGUGAAGAUAACGCGUAUGAUGCACAUUGAAUGUUAAAUAAUGGUUGUUUUUAGAACCAGCACCUAUACAAUUUGUAUGGAGUUAUGUAUGAAUUGUUGUUUAUUGAUAUUUGAUGAUGUCCAUAAAAUGUUAUUGAAGAUAA